AUGCAGAUUGACGAGGACCCCAGCUGGCAAGACCCCAUCAUCGAUUACUUGAUGAAUGGAAACUUGCUAAUGGACAAGCUCGAACCUAGAAAGAUCCAACAGAAGGCCGCGAGAUACUACAUGCACGGCAACAAGCUCAUCUGCAGAUCAUACUCCGGCCCUCAUCUUACCCGCAUAAAGUACCCUCAAACACUUGAGGUUCUUUGA